AUGAGUGUCAGUGAAUGUUGCACAAAAGGCUUCAAAUGGGAUGGAGAACCCAAAGGCCACGAAACCUCUUUAUCAGGAAACAAUACAUACGUGACUGGCACCAACAGCUCAGUCGCUAUACUUGUUAUCCACGACCUCUUCGGGUGGACCUUUCCCAAUAUUCGGCUACUGGCAGACUCGUACGCCGAAGGCGCCAACGCAACAGUCUACGCGCCAGACUUUUUCGGCGGCGAAGUCCUUCCAUCGGACAUAGUAUCCAAAGAUCCUUCAGAAUGGGGCCCUCUUGACCUCGCCGCAUUCUCUGCGCGAAACAGCAAAGAGGUCCGCGAACCGGAAAUAGUCGCAUUCGCCAAAGCUCUCCGAGCACAGUAUAAACGCGUUGCCGCGAUUGGAUUCUGUUAUGGUGGCUGGGCCGUCUUCCGUCUAGGAGCGAAGGCAAAUGCCGGACUAGUGGAUUGUAUCUCAACAGCACAUCCCUCUUGGCUCACGCAAGAGGAGAUUCAGGAUGUCGGUGUUCCCGUGCAGAUUAUGGCGCCAGAGAUCGAUCCAAUAUUUACGACUGAGUUGAGGGAAUUCGCUAAUCGAGUCAUCCCGUCUUUGGGGCUUGCGUAUGAUCUGCAGUAUUUUCCGGGGUUGGAGCAUUCCUUUGCGGUCCGUGGGAAUAGAGAGAAUGAGGCGGAGAUGAAAGGGUUGGAGAGGGCGAAGGAUGCAGCGGUCCAUUGGUUGAAGCAGUGGCUACACUAA